AUGAUUGACAACAUAUCAUCGUCGACCUCAUCACAGCUGAAUAGCCGUUUGUCAACAACAUCGACGACGGUGUUGUCAACUGCGGAGGGCGUUGAUCAAAUGGAGCUUCUUCUCAACAGCAAGGGUGUUGUUGCUCGUGCAUUACAUCUAUCAAGAGGAGUUGAAAAACCAAGUGGUAGGGUUACUUACAUAGUUGUUCUUGAAGGAUUGAGUAGAUUUAGUGUUGAGGAGUUUAACACAAGAAGAACUUACACUACUGGAAGAAUUUCUCCUAUUGAUAUGACAGAGGCUGGUAUACCAUCAAAACCACAUUAUUCCUUUUCAAUUUCUAUUUUAUACAAAUUGCCAUGGAGCUUAUUUCUGUUCUUGAACAGAAACAAAAAACUAGAAGGAGAACUAAAGUUCUUCUUGAAAUUUGUCCCCGUGCACAAACUCACAGAUAUAUUUGUUGCAAGCUUUGAGAUAAGCUUUGAAGAACAGUUGGCUAUGUUAGAUUCAGUUGAUGUAAAAGUAAGGCUUUCAAAAGCCACAAAGUUAGUUGAUAGACAUUUACAGUCUAUUCGUGUGACAGAAAAGAUUACACAAAAGGUUGAAGGACAGCUAUCAAAAACACAGAAGGAAAAUCUUUUAAGCCAACAGAUGAGGGCUAUUAAAGAAGAGCUUGGAGAUAUUUAUGAUGAAGAUGAUGACGUGGCUGCUCUUGAAAGAAAGAUGCAAGAUGGUGGAAUGCGUCUAAAUAUUUGGAAACAUGCACAAAGGGGAUUAAGGAAUGGAGUUGUUCAUUCCAUUCCAUUGCCAUGUUGUGAUGAAUUUUUUGAAUUGCAGCUGAAACAGAAUGCAAAAAGCCAGAUAUUAUGCUUUGUAGGCCCGCCAGGUGCCGGGAAAACAUCAUUGGCAUCAUCAAUUGCUACUGCUUUUGGGAGGAAGUUCAUAAGAAAAUCUCUUGGUGGUGUAAAAGAAGAAGCUAACAUUAGAGGCCAUAGAAGGACAUACAUUGGAAGCAUACCCGAUCGCCUUAUUGAUGGAUUAUAG